UGAGUCGUCACUUUCGGUAACAGCUACGCGACGCAGCGAGAGGGAAGGAAAGGGCUGGUAAACGUUUUAAGCAGCCUUUGUAGCUGCAUAAGACGUUUGUCAAACGUACAAACACGGAUCAUAUCCAGCAGAGUGGAAGAGUUUCAUAAUUUGUCCUCCGACAAGAAAAAAGGGGGCAAGAGAUUUUUAUCUCUGGCUGUGUCCUUCCUGUUCAGCCCUUUGUUUUUCAGUGGUUCGCUCGAGCAGGCGACCAGCAGCGCCCCCGUGCGAGCCGACAGAGAAAAACCCGGAGAUAGGGAGCCAAACAAGCGGCCGAGCUUCUUGCCUCCCGUGCGGCUUGGGUCCCACAAGCUCAGCUGUCCAAUGCGGAGUGAGGAUGAGUCCCGCUCUGAUGCAGGCGGACGGAACGCCUUAUCCCGGAAAAGGAGUGAUGCUUGAGCCCUUCGUGCACCAGGUAGGAGGCCACUCCUGUGUGCUACGAUUUGGGGAACAGACGAUCUGCAAGCCCCUCAUACCCAGGGAGCACCAGUUUUACAAGAGCCUGCCCCCAGAGAUGAGGAAGUUCACCCCUCAGUAUAAAGGUGUAGUGUCAGUCAGUUUCGAAGAGGAUGAAGAAGGGAACCUGUGCCUCAUUGCCUACCCCCUCCACAGCGAAUUAGGAGACCUGGAAAACAAAGAUCCCUUGGCAGACUGUGAGCCCAAGACCAAGAUGCUGAAAUGGAGCAACAAAAUCCAGUCCACUUUGCUUCUGGAGAAUGACAACUGCAGCAAAGACAGAGCCCGACACAGCCGUAAAGAAGACAAGCUCAUGAGUUAUAAUCGUGAUGAGGUGCAGCAGCAGGCAGAGGUUCUCUACUUCAGCCUGGAGAAAGACAACGUGGUGCCACAGAUCAAACACAACCCCUGGAGUCUCAAAUGUCACCAACAGCAUUUGCAGAGGAUGAAAGAGAAUGCAAAGCACCGUAACCAAUACAAGUUUAUUCUUUUGGAGAACCUGACAUGGCGCUAUAUAGUACCCUGUGUGUUAGACUUGAAGAUGGGAACUCGCCAACAUGGGGAUGAUGCAUCAGAGGAAAAAAAAGCCAAUCAGAUUCGCAAGUGUCAACAGAGCACAUCAGCCUCUAUUGGAGUGCGGCUUUGUGGCAUGCAGGUGUACCAGUCAGACUCAGGCCAGCUGAUGUUUAUGAAUAAGUACCACGGCCGUAAGCUAAACCUUGCAGGCUUCAAGGAGGCUCUCUACCAGUUCUUCCACAAUGGGCGUCGCCUGCGUCAUGAACUGCUCUCCCCAGUGCUGCGCAGACUCAGGGAGAUGCAAGCUGCCCUGGAGGCCUGCGAAUCUUAUCGCUUCUAUUCCAGCUCUCUGCUCAUCAUCUAUGAUGGAGACCCUCCCAGGACUCCCACUAGACCUAGACAUCGUGGUGGGGAAGAGGGUGACGAGGAUGAGCCAUCAGAUGAAGAGGAGGAAGAGGAAGGGGCCUUUGGUUUCCCUCGUUCUUCCUCAGCGGGUGGCAGCUCUAGUGUGGCUGGUGGGAGUGGCAACAGCGGCAGCAGUCGCACAUCUCACAGCUCAGUAGAGGCCAGCAGUCCCAUGGUGGACGUGCGCAUGAUUGACUUUGCUCACACCACCUGUCGACACUAUGGAGAAGACAGUGUAGUGCAUGAAGGCCAGGACAGUGGUUUCAUCUUUGGCCUUCAGAACCUGAUCAUGAUAAUCUCCCAGCUGGAGGAUAACAGCACUGACUGAAGUUGCACUGGAGCCAGCAUGGUCUGAAUUUCAAGUAUGGGAGGAGCUCAUUGAGCUGAAACCCUGCUACUCCAAGGUGCAUUGUUUUUACGCCUACAUGGAGGUCUGACCGUCCUCUGCUUGGAGGGAACCUCGGGGUCAGGGAAAAGACUGUGUAGUCGUCGUACACUCUCCCUUACCUGCCAGAGGACAGGGCUGCCUGUGCCCUUAUUGCACUUUCCUCUUUCUAAGACUGCUACUUUUCUUAGUUAUAAAUGGUAGUAAGAAUGUUGUUGUAUGAGACGAAGACCAGUCAACAAACACAGGGACUGCUGUAGCAUCCUAGGACUCUCCAUCCGCUCUCCUCCUCUAGUGCAGACAUGUUACUUUUAGUUCUCUCUGAGAGAGAAAGAGAGACUGUAGUUCUAGGAGCCUGACGUGGUGCUUUACCUGUGUUGAUAUGAGCUUUUGUGGAUGAAGUUUGGACUGCCAGUCCCAAACAGCACAGCACAUUAUUAGGAGUUGACUGUACAAGCUGACCUCGGCUGGCUAGGUCAGCAGCCUCGUAGAAACUGACAGCUUAAGGUUCUGAAGAGGAAAAUGUUUUUUGUGUCUUUUAUGACCCUUUUGACACAUAUUGUUUGUAUGUCCACUAGAUGCUUGGAUUUACACUUUUAGGUGGAAGAA